UUUUGGGUAAAUUAAAACUUGUUUCUUUGCCAAACAACAAACCCCAUUUUUUUCUCAAUGUUCUUGCAGUUGAUCUACGAAGUCGAUAAAGUCAUCUUCUUCCUAUCUGUUACAGAGAGAAAGUGGAUAAGAGUUUUUUAUAACAGAGGGAGAUAGAGAAGAAAACAGGGGGAAAAUAAGGGAAAAAGAAAAAGUUGGUGUUGGGUUUUGUGGGUUUUUGCGUCACGAUCAUUGGCUGCACGUGGAAGCCUAGAAGUUUCGUGCCGAUGCUCGUUUUCCUCCGCCUUCCUCAGUUUCUUCCUUCUUUGCAACUGCAACCCACCUUCCAUCUUUCUUCUCUAAUCUGCUGUGAAUGCUUCUUUAUUUGUACGUGUUGAAUUUCCAUAUUUAUUACAAUCGGUCGGGAGUUGUAGAUUCUUCAACUGCAUGCGGUGAAGUUUUUGUAAUGCCCCAAAAUUUAGUUCAAUGCACACUUGCUGUAAGUGGGAGGAAGUAGAUUUGUAACUUUGUGAAUUAUGGCUCUAUGUGGGGAUCAUAAAGAUAGAGAAGUGAGGAUCCAUGAAAGUUUGGAGGAGCUAAGUACUGAUUUAGCUGACUAUAUUGCUGAAUUAUCAGAGGCAUCUGUGAAAGAACGUGGGGUGUUUUCUAUUGCGUUAUCUGGUGGUUCUCUGAUUAGCUUAAUGGGAAAGCUCUGUGAAGCUCCUUAUAACAAGACUGUCGACUGGGCCAAGUGGUAUAUAUUUUGGGCUGAUGAACGUGUUGUUGCAAAAAGCCAUGCCGACAGCAAUUAUAAGCUUGCAAAGGAUAACCUUCUUUCCAAGGUUCCAAUUGUUCCCAGCCAUGUACACUCGAUCAAUGAUUCAGUGUCAGCUGAGGAAGCUGCUGAUGAGUACAAGUUCGUCAUUCGACAAUUAGUUAAAUCCCGCAUCGUAAGUGUGUCCGAUGUGAGUGACAGCCCCAAGUUUGACCUCAUACUACUUGGAAUGGGUUCUGAUGGUCACGUUGCCUCAUUAUUCCCUGAUCACUCGGUGCUCGAGGAGAAAGAUGAAUGGGUUGCCUUCAUCACCGAUUCUCCAAAACCUCCACCAGAGAGAAUCACCUUCACAUUGCCUGUGAUCAACUCUGCAUCAAAUGUGGCAAUUGUUGUGACAGGUGAAAACAAAGCAGAGACCGUACAUUUAGCCAUCGACGACAUAGGACCAGACUGCCCACUCCUACCUGCAAGGUUGGUACAGCCAAGAAAAGGAAAACUGACAUGGUUUUUGGAUAACAACGCCGCUUCAAAACUCGACAAUUACCAAUUUUCCGAGUAGGCUUAAGCUGUUCCCAACACAGUGUAUCUCUGUAUGUAGUUGAUGGAUUUCAGCAGUUGUGGAUCCUUAUCUCUUCAUUUCAGUCCCACAUUAAAUUUCAACCCCCCCUUCCCUUUUAAUUUUGGGUCACAUUCUCCAUAUUUUGACUUCUCUUCAUCUCUUUUCUCGAGUGAUUAGAAGUGUGAAUCUCCUUUUCAUUUUGUAAGCAGAGCUAAAUAAGUUAAUAUCAAAAGCAGAUGGUUUUGUAGGACAAUUGCUGCUAUGUAUAUUUUGAAGCCAGCAGAAACAUCAAUCCAAAUUUGUAAAAAGCAGCAUUCUUCACAAAUUUAUUGAAUUUCUCUCUUUUCUUUC